UAUAAAAAAUUGUCUUGUAAAAUUUCAAGCCAACUUGACAAGUUAAGCUUUUAUUUGUUUAUAAAAAAAUACCUAACUAUUUUGACCUAAAUAUUUAUAGAUUUACGAAACAUGUGUGAUCAAGAAUUUCGAACGCUGCGGAUCGACCCUCGAUACCCGUUCACGAAUCAAACCAAGGCAUGCUUCGACAACUACGUGGACUUCUACCGCUGCCGGCGUCUGCUGGGCGAGGAGGCGGACGACUGCCGGCUGUUCAAGCGCUACUUCGAGACCAUCUGCCCCGCGGCGUGGACCGAGCACUGGGACGAGCAGCGCGCACAAGGCACGUUCCCCGCGCCGCUGUGACGUCACACCUUCCACCAGAGCGAUGCUUCUAAUUAAAUAUUUACCUUCUGGAA